UUGUUUUACAUCCUAUUCAAAGGCCCUCCCAUUCAGCGGUGACUCGAAAGAUUUCAAUCAUCGGAGACAGCUACAGCUAAACAAACCUUUUUACAGGAGGUUUCGCUAUGGACAAGAAUUCUGCAAGAUAUAAUGUACAGUUAUAUAUUUAUGAUCUUUCUCGGGGAAUGGCACGCAGCCUCAGUCCUAUCAUGCUUGGAAAGCAAUUGGAUGGCAUAUGGCACACAGCCAUCGUGGCAUAUGGAGAUGAGUUCUUUUUCGGAGGAGAAGGAAUCUCCAGCUGUUCACCUGGUGGAACGAUGCUGGGACCCCCAGACACAGUUGUGGAACUCGGUGAGACCGAAGUUUCAGAGGAGAUCUUCAUGGAAUAUCUCUCAUCCUUGGGAGAAAGCACUUACAGAGGUGACAGGUAUCGAUUGUUUGAGCACAACUGCAACACGUUCACCAACGAGGUUGCUCAGUUCCUAACGGGCAUGCCCAUCCCCUCCUACAUCACUGACCUCCCGUCCGAAGUCCUCGCCACACCGUUUGGCCAGAUAUUGCGGCCCAUUCUGGACUCCAUCCACAUCGCGCCCCCCGGCGGCAACGUCAUCAACGGCGGGAGGAACAUCUAAACUGAUGGGGCAACGCAUUCGUAGGCUCACUUCCAUUGGAGUCAGUCAACAAGGAGUCAACAAUUACGCCCCCACCCAUCAACAAGCAUCGCCA